ACCCUGCUCCCCGGGACCCCACAAACACCCCCGGUCUCCCGGCGGCAUGGGCGACAACACCAGCCCCCUCAGCGUGAUUCUGGUGAGCUCGGGGAGCAGGGGCAACAAGCUGCUGUUCAGGUACCCCUUCCAGAGGAGCCAGGAGCACCCGGCGUCCCAGACGAGUCAGCCGCGGAGCAGGUAUGCUGUCAACAACACCGGGGACCAUGCUGACGAUCAGGAUGGGGACUCCAGGUUUUCAGAUGUUAUUCUGGCAACAAUUCUGGCAACCAAAUCUGAGAUGUGUGGCCAAAAAUUUGAGCUGAAGAUUGAUAAUGUGCGAUUUGUUGGGCAUCCGACGCUGCUGCAGCAUGCUCUGGGACAGAUUUCCAAGACGGAUCCAUCCCCAAAGAGGGAUGCCCCCACCAUGAUUCUCUUUAAUGUGGUGUUUGCGCUGAAGGCUAAUGCUGACCCGUCAGUGAUCGACUGUCUGCACAAUCUGUCCCGGCGCAUUGCUACGGUGCUGCAGCACGAGGAGCGCCGUUGCCAGUACCUCACGAGGGAGGCCAGGCUGAUCCUGGCGCUGCAGGAUGAGGUGUCCACUGUGGCAGACGCAGGUGAAAGUCCCCCGUCUCCGUUCCGUCACAUUCUGCCCAAGUGCAAACUGGCCCGGGACCUGAAGGAGGCUUACGACAGCCUGUGCACCUCUGGCGUGGUGCGGCUCCACAUCAACAGCUGGCUGGAGGUGAGCUUCUGUUUGCCCCACAAGAUCCACUAUGCUGCGUCCAGCCUCAUCCCCCCCGAGGCCAUAGAGCGCAGCCUCAAGGCCAUCCGCCCGUACCAUGCCCUGCUGCUGCUCAGUGACGAGAAGUCCCUGCUUGGAGAGCUCCCUGUCGACUGCUCCCCAGCCCUGGUACGUGUUAUCAAGACCACGUCUGCUGUGAAGAACUUGCAGCAGCUGGCCCAGGACGCUGACCUGGCUUUGCUGCAGGUGUUCCAGCUUGCGGCUCACCUGGUGUACUGGGGCAAGGCCAUCAUCAUCUAUCCGCUGUGUGAGAACAAUGUGUACAUGCUCUCCCCCAACGCCAGCGUGUGUCUGUACUCCUCGCUGGCCGAGCAGUUCUCCUGUCAGUUCCCAGCUCAUGACCUGCCGUCCAUCCUCUCCAAGUUCUCCUUGCCUGUCUCCUUGUCAGAAUUUAGGAACCCCUUGGCCCCCCCUGUGCAGGAGACCCAGCUCAUCCAGAUGGUGGUGUGGAUGCUGCAGCAUCGGCUGCUUAUCCAGCUGCACACCUACGUCUGCCUGAUGGCCUCCCCCAGCGAGGAUGAGCCCCGCCCACGAGAAGACGACAUGCCCUUCACGGCCCGGGUGGGCGGCCGCAGCCUCAGCACACCCAAUGCCCUGAGCUUCGGCUCUCCAACCAGCAGUGACGACAUGACCCUCACCAGUCCCAGCAUGGACAACUCCAGUGCAGAGCUGCUCCCUAGUGGGGACUCGCCGCUGAACAAGAGGGUGACGGAGAACCUGCUGGCCAGCCUGUCGGAGCAUGAGCGGGUGGCCAUCCUCAGCGUGCCUGCGGCCCAGAACCCUGAGGACCUCCGCAUGUUUGCCAGGCUCCUGCACUACUUCCGUGGGCGGCACCACCUGGAGGAGAUCAUGUACCAUGAGAACACACGGCGCUCCCAGCUGCUCAUGCUCUUCGACAAGUUUCGCAGUGUGCUGGUGGUGACCACCCAUGAGGACCCUGUCAUCGCUGUCUUCCAGGCGCUGCUUCCGUAAGCCAGGUGAGGCCAGGGAGGCUCCCUCUCAGCCUGACCGUGUGGUGCACUUAGACCUGCUCUAGGCA